AAGAGACAGAACCUUCCCGGUACCUUCCUCCACCAGGGGAAGAGGCAUCCGAAAUCUUCUCACCAGCUAUAAAGCAAACCGUGGCGCCUCCUCUUCUCCCUCACCCAACCACCGUCGUGACCUUUCGCCAUGGAUCUUGAGAACGAGAUGCCAUCGUCGCCACGGAAUUGGAGGCUCAACAUGACUGGGUUUUCCCUGCCCGAGUUGCCCGAUAAUCCACCCUUGGUUUCCCGGUUUCUCGGACGGGGCCAAGGUAAACAGAACAAAAUCACAAAGUACUAUGAGCGGCAAGGCAAGCUCCUCGAAGGGUUUAAUGAGAUGGAAAGCAUAACAGAGUCAGGUUGUCUUGCAGGAGCUCCUACAGAGGAUGAGAUGAAGAAACUGGCAAAGAGUGAAAGAUUUGCAAUCAACAUCUCAAACAUAGUUAACUUGCUGCUUUUUACAUCAAAAGUGCUAGCCUCCAUGGAGAGCAGAUCCAUGGCAGUGAUAGCUUCUACCCUGGACUCUCUUUUGGAUCUUCUAUCAGGAUUUAUUCUUUGGUUUACAUCAUAUGCUAUGAAGAAACCUAAUCAGUAUCGCUAUCCCAUUGGCAAGAACAGAAUGCAGCCUGUGGGCAUAAUUGUGUUUGCCUCUGUGAUGGGUACUCUUGGUCUUCAAGUGUUAUUGGAGUCUGGCCGUCAGCUAAUCAGUAAAGAGCACCCUACGUUUGAUCGGCAAAAGAUGAUAUGGAUGGUGGGCAGCAUGGCCUCGGUCACCAUUGUAAAGUUCAUCCUCAUGCUGUAUUGUCGUAGCUUCAACAACCAGAUUGUGAGAGCUUACGCACAAGAUCAUUUCUUUGAUGUCAUGACCAACUCCAUCGGUUUAGCGUCCUCUCUGCUCGCCGUUAAAUUCUACUGGUGGAUGGAUCCCGUCGGUGCCAUACUGAUUGCUCUGUACACCAUCGGCACCUGGGCGAAAACGGUGGUGGAGAACGUGGGAUCCCUAAUUGGGAAGACAGCACCGUCGGAGUACUUGACCAAGCUGACCUACCUCAUCUGGAACCAUGACGAGCACAUCAGGCACAUAGACACGGUGAGAGCGUACACAUUCGGGUCUCACUACUUUGUGGAAGUGGACAUAGUGUUGCCGGCGAAUAUGCCGCUGAGCCAAGCACAUGACAUUGGGGAGACACUACAAGAGAAGCUGGAGCAGCUCCCCGAGGUAGAGAGAGCAUUCGUGCAUGUGGAUUUUGAAUUCACUCACAGGCCCGAGCAUAAGACGAAGGUGUGAGGUGCAAUAUAUAUAUAUAUAUAUAUAAUUGAGUAGAAAAAAAUUAUCAUUGAAUAUAGUUAGAGGGCACAUCAUGACAUAUGUACAUAUGGAGUUAGAGAGCACUAAAUCAUGUUGGUAGUCUUCUCCUACUUGAGCAAGAGUAUAACAUAAAUAUUGUAACAGCUUCUAGAAUAGCUUAUAAGAUCCGAUUAUACUUGGGUAUCAUGUGUAUAAUAAUUGCAUUAGCAUUUUGAGCUAACAAUUUAAGCUCAUUGAAGUUAC